UAACCAUACAUAACCUACAAUUGUGCACGAGUCCAUUCGUGAUCAAUUAAAGUGAACGACGCAUUUUUCUUCGUUUUUGAAGCAGUGCAGUUUGGUUUCGGUCAAAUUUUUCUUUCGGCUAUAAUUUUGACCUCAAGUCACGUCCUCGUCAUUUGCAAAUGCUUCUUUCAUUAACCUAACCUAAGCAUUCAUCUGUCACAGUCACAAUGCAUUUGUUGUUAUCGCCCUGUUACUGCCCAUCAUUGCAUGCACUAAUAUUUCUGCGAAAAGUCCCGUGUAUUCAACAGGAAUAAUUGAAACAACAAGGCCGAAAGGAAGGCAUCAUGUCUCAUACAGCUCUGAGAAAAAAUUGCAAUUUCUUAUUCAAUAAGCUGAAAACAGAGUCCUCCAUCCGAAACGGCUUAUUCGAAAGGAAUCUAAAGCACUUCAGUCAAAUUUCUAACUUGGCAGUGGAAGGUCAUGACUUGCCAGUCACAUCUGAAAAUCAGUAUGAAGCCAUUAGAGAGGUCAUGGAGCCCUUUGGCAACAUAUCGUAUGAGGAACAGUUGGAAAAAAAACAAUCUUGGAGUCAUCAGAUCCGGCAAACGAUCAUUGAGAGAUUUAAAACCCUCAAAUUUAAAGGAAACGUGAAUGGUUGUACUGUAGAAAAAAUCUCUCCCUCUCCAGUUAUAGAAAAAUAUAGGAACAAAGAUGAAUUCAGCAUACAUUAUGGAGUGGAUGGAAAUCCGAAAACAGUUGGUUUUUUUAUUGGGCAGUUAGCGAAGUCUAAUAUCGUUUGCGUUCCAGCCACCCACUUAUCCAUCAUCAAAGAUGAACACAAAGCUCUUGCAGAGGUGUAUCAAAAUUUUAUUCGUUCGUCUAAUUUGCCAGUGUGUUACUCGCUGGACGAUGGAGGAUGCUUCCGUACUUUUACAGUAAGAUCAAACUCUGCCGGUGAAACUAUGGCCAUUGCAGUGAGUCAUCCUGCUGAAAGAAAUCCCUUUGAUAUAGAGAAAGAACGAGAGGACCUGCUGAACUUCUUCCAAAAAAGCGGAGUAAUGCCAACAUCACUAUUCCAUCAAACAUGCAAAUCAUUCCGCUGCACGAAUGAACAAUCUCCUUUCAAACUUCUUCAUGGCGAGCCAUAUUUAUUUGAAAAUCUGUUAGAUCUGCAGUUUCGAAUAUCACCAGAUGCUUUUUUUCAAAUAAAUGUCGAAGGUGCUGAGGUUUUAUAUACCGAAAUUGUAAGACUAGCUAAACUCAAACCAUUUACUACACUUCUUGACUUAUGUUGUGGCACUGGUACUAUUAGUUUAGUUGCAUCUCGUAAAGUGCGCGGUUGUGUUGGUGUUGAAUCUGUGAAAGAUGCUGUAGCAGAUGCACGGAUCAAUGCUUUGGACAACAAUAUUUUUAACUGUGAUUUCGUUCACGGCACUGUUGAAAAAAAACUCUUCUACGCUUUGAGGGACUUGGACAUGGCUUCUCAUGUUGUUGCGGUAGUCAAUCCUGGCAGAGGUGGACUACAUGAAAAGGCUAUGGAGACCAUUCUCAAGUGCGACUUGAUUUCCCAAUUAAUCUAUGUUUCCUGUGCUGCUGAUAAUCCAGUUGCCAUGAGGAAUUUCAUUCAACUCACAAAUCAGCCUCGAAAAGCCACCUACAAACCAUUCAACUUAUCAAAAAUUAAACCGGUAGAUUUGUUUCCUAAGACUCGCCAUUGUGAACUUCUCCUAGUAUUUGAUAGAUAAUCACAGCUGUUUAUAACUGAUCUAAGAUUAGGCUUAGUUGCAGAUCUAGGAGAGCCCUCCUACGACCUACCUAGGAGAUACAAAGGGUGAAAAAAGGGAGAAAACUCCAUUUUCAAGCUGAAACUUAGGAUCAUCCCAUCUAGUUUGAGGUAGCUGGAUAUACUUCUUGUUUAGUAUUUCAAGCAACUUCUUUUUUAGAGGGUAGUGGAACAAAACUUGCGCUUUGCCAGAACCAGAUUAAAAGUUCUCCCAUUUCUUCCCUUUGUGCUCAAAUGUUGACUCACGGUUGAUAAAAUCACCUUACAACGUUGCGCUGGGGCAUCAAUAGAAAGUGAAGAAGUAAAAUGAUGUGCUGUCUUCUGCAGGGAUGUUCCACAUUUAUUGUAAAUCUUAAAUUCACUAUUUUUUCCCUCGGGUAGCUGGCCGCUAAUUUUUGCUGCCUUCUUUUUGCACUCUGGUGUUGAUCUUCAGUUGAUAGAGGCAUUUUACCAUUUGCUUUUGAGUGUUUUAAGUUGAGUACAGGAAGGAUGACCUUGAAGAAUAAUUUGAAUGCCAACAGGUUAAAUUUGGUUCACUUAUUAGUAUUAGUAUUCAGAGAUGGUGCUUUUAGAAGAAAAAUUAGUGGUCUUUACUGGAAAAUUAAGCUUUAGUUGCAUUGGAUUUUUUCAUUCGCACAGAACAAGAUCUUCAUCUUCAUAGAGUUAUUACACAACAAAGAAGCAUCAAUUUUCCAGGUCAAAUCUACAUUGAUUUCCAUGACAAAUUCAGCAGCUUGUCUAUUGUAAGGCAGGUUCUCAAUUGUUGUCGCUUAAAGAUUUGGAUACCAUUUACUGACUUGACACAAGCAAAGGAUAGAUACAUGCUAUGCCAUUUGAUGUAAAUGCACUCAAUACCAUAUGAUGGCAAGAGUGUAUGAAGUGCAACCACCUUUGCAUAUACAUGUUGAAUGUUUUGUCCUCACUGUGCUUUAUCCCAGCUUAAUAUUCAUUUUCCUCCCUGUUUGAGUCCACUUUUUGCUUUGACCUCAUAUUUAGCAACAUUAAUUUUAAUAUUGCAUGGAAGUUUAAUUCGUUGACAACAAAGCCAAAAUUUUCUCUUCAUCUGGAGCAUCCUUUGACAUAAGAUAAUGGGUCAUUUUCUGUCGCCUUAUAAGGUAUUGUUUAUUUAACGACUAAGGCCAUGAACAUAAAGCUAUGAAACAAAACCGUUAGAAAGUUUCAUGAAUUUUGUAUGCACUAUUAACUGCCCACUUUCGUAAUAAAACACUGGUGACAGGUCUUAUA